AUCUAAAAUUCAGUAUCGAUCCGGCCAGCUCAUCCGACAGAUACUAUAACAUUAUAUACCAUAUUAACUGUCGUAGACAACUCAGUUUUUCAGUCCUGAAACAAUCAUGUCUGGCUUUAAAGUGGUGAUGCGUUUUGCCGGAAUAACGGCUCUGUUGUUGGUCGCGGGCUGUUCUUCGCAGACGGCGCCGCCAGCACCAGUGCAAGUUGUUUCAACUUCCCCUUUGCCGUCGCCAUCGCCUUAUUUCAAUGCCUUCAGACCGGCGGCGUACCCACAACAGUUCAUCGGUGGACCACAGCAACAGUUUAACGGUGUGCUGCCCCAACAGUUCAUCGGCGGAUCCAACAUCCCUCAGAGAUUCUACAACAACGGCCCAAACCCCGCGUACGUCGGACAGUUCGUGCCCAUCUUACAGCAUUCGUUUGACAUCUCCCCCGACGGCAGUUACAGUUUCAGUUACCAAUCCGCUGACGGAACACAGAGACAAGAAUCGGGAGGUUUGAGAUAUUCGUCCGUGCAAGGAUACCCGCCAGCGAUGGCCGUCCAAGGAUCAUACUCCGCCAUAACUCCAGAAGGAGUUCCAAUUGAAGUUGCAUACAUAGCCGAUGAACAUGGAUAUCAGCCAACCGGACCAAGUGUCCAUCCAGCAAUUCAACGAGCAGUAGCACAACAAGUGGCCCAAGCCAAACUAGAGCCACCACAUUUCAACAAAUAAUGAUGCCUAAAAUGACUAAAAUAUAUUAAUGAUAACAAUCCUGAAAUUUGUAAAAACAAAAAUAAAGUCCAAUAAAGCGAUGUACAUUUAAAAAU